AUGUCGCCAACAGCUGAUACUGCCAGCGGCAACAGCUCGGGCAAUGCUGCUGCUACCAGCACGUUUACCUUCGAUCCAUUUGCCAGCGUUCGAAGCUUCAAAUACUCGGGUUCCGUCAAGGCGGUCUAUCCUUUGAGUCCAAAGCCAAAGAUCCCGCCGUCGAUUCGAAGGCCCAAUUACGCCAGGGAAGGGGUGAGAAUGUGGCUCAGCUUCUGGUGGCAGGUCAGAAUUCCGCUUUUGACCGUCUCCCUGCCCGUUCUCGUCAUGAAGCGAACUACCUUUGCUGACGUCCCCGAUGGUUCCACUCUGCUUGCGUUUCUGUUCCUCGGCCUUGCCCUCGACUCCUUCAAACAGUUCCUCGAGUCAAGAAACAUCAAAGUCAACACCAAGGCCGACCAGGAUGGUGUGAGAAAAGCUGCUAUUCUUGCCCGUGAGGUUCUUGAGAUCGCCGCUUCCCAUGCUAAGCCAGGCGUCACAACCGACGAGCUAGACAAGAUUGUCUUUGCCGAGGCCGUCAAGCGAGACUGCUACCCAAGCCCACUUGGGUACCAUGGCUACCCCAAGAGUGUCUGCACGUCGAUCAACGAGGUCAUCUGCCACGGUAUCCCUGACCAGCGACCGCUCGAGGAUGGCGACAUUCUCAACAUCGACGUUACCCUCUUCCACAAGGGAUACCACGGCGACUUGAACGCAACCUUCCCCGUCGGUGAGAAGGCCGAGCAAGAUGCCGAGUCAAUGAAGCUGAUCCGAGUCGCUCGUGAGUGUCUCGAUGCUGCCAUCAACAUCUGUGGGCCGGGCGUGCCCUACGGUGAGAUUGGUCGCGUGAUCCAGCCUCUCGCAGAAUCGCAAGGCUGCGCCGUCGUCAAAAACUACACCGGUCACGGUAUCUCCAACUGCUUCCACGCAGCCCCCACCGUCUACCACCACGCAACCAAGAAGAGCUUCGGCAUCAUGAAACCCGGCCACAUCUUCACUAUCGAGCCCAUGCUCAACCUCGGCACCGAAUGGAGAGAUCUCUCGUGGCCAGACGAUUGGACGGUCGCUACCGUCGACGGCGCGCGAUCCGCAGCAGCAGAAGAGACGCUGCUCAUCACCGAGACUGGUGUCGAGAUCUUGACUGCAAAGGGCGGUCCGCGACACAUCGACACUACGGAGCGUAGGAAGCACUUGGAGGAGCAGAUUAAAGCGAGGGAGGACAGGAAGAAGCGAAGAAAGCUCGACAAUGGCGGUGCUGAGACUCCUGGUUCGGGCGCUGCCACGCCUACACCCGCUCCGGAAGAGGCGAAUGCAACGACCAAGAGCACUUCGGGCUCUGUCUGA